UGAUAACCAUGUGAUAAUUCGUAAUGGAAUUGUUGAAGUCACUAUCGAGAAUCCGUCCGGUUUUCUGAAUGGAAUAAGAUAUAAUGGAAUGGAUAAUGUUCUUGACGGUAGACACCGUAACGACGAUAGAGGGUACUGGGACAUUUUUUCGGAUCACUGUCCCAUGGACAAAUUAGUAACAGAACAUUUUGAGGUUAUUACACGAACUCAUGAGUUAGUAGAGCUUUCCUUCACCAAAAAAUGGAAUUCUACAAAUGAUUAUCACAAGCAUGUUCCUUUAAACAUUGACAAAAGGUUCAUAGUACGACGAGGCGUUCCAGGGCUAUACAUGUACAGUAUUUUCGAGCGUGAAAAUGAUUUUCCGGAUGCUAGCAUGGACCACAUAAGGAUUGUUUUCAAGCUUAGGGAAGACAGGUUUCGGUUCAUGGCACUAUCAGACAGCAGACAAAGGAUCAUGCCUAGUACAUAUGAUCGAAUACGCUCACAGACUCUUGCCUUCAAAGAAGCCGUCGUAUUGACAAAUCCGUCCGAUCCUCAGCUUAAAGGAGAGGUUGAUGACAAGUACCAAUAUUCGAUUGAGAACAAAGAUAAUAAGCUUCAUGGAUGGAUAUCCGAUGACGAUGCCGUCGGUUUCUGGAUAAUCACACCAAGCUCUGAGUUCAGAGCCGGUGGCCCUCACAAGCAGGGCCUCACUUCUCAUCCUGGUGCCACUUCUCUAUGCAUGCUUGUUACUGCUCACUAUGCCGGGAAAGAUUUCGACUCAAGAUAUAAGAAAGGAGAGCAUUGGAAAAAGGUGUUCGGUCCUGCUUUUAUUUAUCUUAAUUCUGCUUCUUCCGAUAAUGAUCAUCGCAAGAUACUGUGGAUGGACGCUCAAAGACAGUUGAGUGAAGAAAUUGAAAGCUGGCCUUACAAUUUCACUCGAUCGAAAGAUUUUCCUCGUGCUGAACAACGAGGCCAGGUUAGGGGUCAGUUACUUGUGCGAGACCGGUACAAUGAUAAGGAAUUAGUGUCGGCGCAAUCCGCCUUUGUGGUGUUGGCUGCGCCUGGAGAUGCAGGAUCAUGGCAACACGACGGGAAGGGUUAUCAAUUUUGGACUCAAACACACAACAAUGGCCUUUUCCAUAUAGAAAAUGUCCGACCGGGAUUGUAUAAUUUGUAUGCAUGGGUCCAUGGUUUCAUUGGAGACUACAAAUUGGAUCUCAACAUCACUAUUCAACCAGGAAACAAGAUUAGCUUAGGUACUCUAAUAUAUGAUCCUCCAAGGAAUGGCCCUACGUUGUGGGAAAUUGGGAUUCCAGACCGCACAGCAGCCGAGUUCUUCAUACCGGAACCUGACCCAAUUCUUGUUAAUUCAUUGUGCCUCGAUGAAACGGACAAGUAUAGACAAUACGGAUUGUGGGAUCGUUACUCAGAGAUUUAUCAUCACAACGAUCUCGUCUAUACUAUCGGCACUAGUAACUAUUCUCGGGAUUGGUUCUUUGCUCAUGUUCCCAGGAACCUAGGGAACAAUACUCUCCGGCCGACCACAUGGCAGAUUAAGUACAAUCUCAAGGAAGUAAAUGAGGCAGGAACUUACACUCUCCAGUUGGCCUUGGCAGCAGCUUCUUAUGCUGAAGUACAGGUCCGAUUAAACGACCCGAGUGCCGUUCGACCGUAUUUUACAACGAGGAGGAUAGGUUACGAUAAUGCCGUAGCACGGCAUGGAAUUCAUGGAAUGUACAGCUUGUAUAGUAUUAAAGUGGCUGGUAACAGAUUUGAGGAAGGGGAGAACACAAUCUUUCUAACUCAAGGCAGAAGCAUGGGGGCAUUCAACGCAGUUAUGUAUGACUAUAUUCGAUUAGAAGGGCCGAAAGUUUAA